AUGUCCAACCCCUGGGCCCAGCCUCCCCACCCCGCGACCAACCUCGGCCGCCACCGCCCCCUCGCCCCUGCGUGCGGCCUGCACGUCUCGCCCCUCCAGCUCGGUGCGAUGAGCAUCGGCGACAAGUGGGCUCAGUUCGGGAUGGGCGCGAUGGACAAGGAGUCCUCCUUCAAGCUCCUGGACGCGUUCUACGAGGCCGGCGGGAACUUCAUCGACACGGCGUCGAACUACCAGGACGAGACGUCCGAGCAGUUCAUCGGAGAGUGGAUGGAGACGCGCGGGAUCCGCACGCAGAUGGUCAUCGCGACCAAGUACUCGACGAACGCCAAGCGCGGUCGGACGGACAUCAAGCAGCACACGGCUUGGGCUGGCAACAGCUUCAAGACGAUGCGGGUCAGCGUCGACGAGGCUCUCGAGAAGCUGCGCACGUCGUACAUCGACAUUUUCUAUGUCCACUGGUGGGACUACACGACCCCGAUCGAAGAGGUCAUGGACGGCCUCCACCAGCUGGUGAUGUCCGGCAAGGUCCUUUACCUGGGCAUCUCCGACACGCCCGCCUGGAUCGUGGCGUCCGCGAACCGGUACGCUCGCAUGGCGCACAAGACGCCCUUCGUCAUCUACCAAGGCUCCUGGUCCGUCUUGGACCGCGACUUCGAGCGGGACAUCAUCCCGCUCGCGCGGCACGAGGGCAUGGCGCUCGCGCCGUGGAACGUCCUCGCGGGCGGCAAGAUCCGCACGGACGCGGAGGAGCAGGCGCGCCUCGACAGCGGCGAGGGAGGGCGCGGGACGUUUGGGCCGUGGAUGCGGAACGAGCGCGAGAAGGCGGUGGCGAAGGUCCUGGAGGAGGUCGCCAAAGAGGCCGGCACCGACUCCAUCCAAGCGGUGGCGAUCGCGUACGUGAUGCAGCGCACGCCGCACGUGUUCCCCAUCAUCGGCGGGCGCAAGGUCGAGCACCUGCACGGGAACAUCAAGGCGCUCUCGAUCGCGCUCUCGGAGGAGCAGAUCCAGAAGAUCGAGGCGGCGUCGCCGUUCGACAAGGGCUCGCUGUACAACAUCUUCGGCGACGGCUCCGACUACGGCGCCUUCCACAAGUCCGCCGGUCACUUCGAUCGCUGGCCGACUGCCCCGGCUCUCCGCCCGAAGGCACAGUAA